CGCCCGCCUCCCGGCCUCUCCACCUCGCGCCAGCGGGGCGACUUCCUGCGACAGCCGGAGACCAGGGCCCGGCCCUGCCCGCAGCAACCCCGACACACCCGGGGCCACACGGGGAAAGGAAAUUAGUGACGCAGGCUGAUUACCUUUGGCCCUCAGGAGAGCACUGAUCAUACUGGCUCACUCGGAGAAGACGUCCUUCAACUAUGCCAUGAAGGAGGCUGCCGUGGAGGCUCUGCAGAGGAAAGGAUGGGAGGUGGCCGUGUCUGACCUCUACGCCAUGAAGUUCGACCCCAUCAUUUCCAGGAAGGACAUCACAGGUGCACUGAAGGACCCUGAGAACUUUCAGUAUCCUGCCGAGUCUGCUCUAGCAUAUAAAGAAAGCCGCCUGAGCCCGGAUAUUGUGACUGAGCAAAAGAAGGUGGAAGAGGCGGACCUUCUGAUAUUUCAGUUCCCACUUCAAUGGUUUGGAGUCCCUGCCAUUCUGAAAGGCUGGUUUGAGCGAGUGUUCACAGGAGGGUUUGCCUACACCUAUGCUGCCAUGUACGACAAGGGGCCUUUCCAGAAUAAAAAGGCUGUGCUUUCCAUCACUACUGGUGGCAGUGAAUCCAUGUACUCACUCAAGGGUAUCCAUGGGGACAUGAACAUUAUUCUCUGGCCAAUUCAGAGUGGCACUCUGCAUUUUUGUGGCUUUCAAGUCUUAGAACCUCAGCUGACAUAUGGCAUUGGGCAUACUCCACCAGAUGUGCGAACUGAAAUCCUAGCGGGAUGGAAGAAACGCCUGGAGAAUAUUUGGGAUGAGACACCUCUGUAUUUUGCUCCAAGCAGCCUUUUUGACUUAAACUUUCAGGCAGGAUUCUUAUUGAAAAAGGAGAUAGAAGAUGAGCAGAAAAACAAUAAGUAUGGCCUUUCUGUGGGCCAUCAUUUGGGCAAGCCCAUUCCAACUGAUAACCAGAUCAAAGCUAGAAAAUAAGAUGUACUUAGGUUUCUAACUUUCAGGCAAAUGUAUUUUUCAGCUUCCUUGACUUGCUUUGAAGAUUUUUUUCCCCAAGAAAUGAACAGAAGGAACAGACUGCCUUUAUAUAUUUUCAAAAAGUCUUACUAUUGAAUGUAACUUAAUAUUUUGGCAUAAGGCCAAAAUCUGUAUGCCAGAGGCCAACUGGGAUAUAAAACAGGCAGAAGUGUUUCCAGAAAGAUGCUGUAUUUUUAAAGAUCAUCUGCAGAGUUUAAUGUCUUCUUUUAGGGCUAAGUCUUUAGGGCUAACUUUGGCUACACAGUACUUAACUCUCCAAUGAUCUAUUUUAAUGACCUCUGUAUGGUUUAUGGCAGAAGGGAAUUCUUAGAGAAAAAAAGUUACUGAAUCUCUCCUUAAGGGACAUAAACUUGUUAAUAGUAGUCUGAUGGUCAUUUAUGAUGGGUACUGAUUUCAGUUACUAUAUACUGGCUAAAAAGCUUCACAUGAAUAUUCCUCAACUUGUUAUAUACAGUACAAAUGCCUUGAAAUGAAUAGUCAAUAAAAGUCUCUUUACUUCA